AGACACGCAACACGCAGGAAAGACUGCAGUCAUGCGCCGUUUUCCUCCCAUCCCGUCUUGCAAGAUGAAAAGAGACGGCCGCGUCUUUGUCUCCUGCCUGACAGCACCCUUGCGCUGCGCCGCGGCGACUCCAACAACGAAACCGCUGCCGUCAGCGCUUUUGCCGGUGCCCACGGAGCCCUGCGGUUUGAACGGGGGUCUUUAUCCCCAACUCCUUCAUCAGAUAAUGCAGAGAAAACAGAAAAACAUACAGGAGGAACUUCAGUCGGCUCUCCAAUUUCUGCUCGAGCUUGGAACACCACCUGUCGACACCGCGGCAAGCUCUUCCGCAGAUCACCCGAGCACCGACCUUCUUCGAGAACAGAAAAUGUCACAAGCUUUAGCGACGCUUGUGCGGAACCCCGCGACUCACCGAUGCAUAUUUAAUAACGCAUUCUCUUCUCGGUACCACCUUGAACGUCCUGCAGGGUGCGUGCAGGUUCCAGCGGUGGUCGGCUACGUUUACAUGGAGCUGCAGCGGCGUGGCUACAACGCCGAAACGUGGUGGAGGUGCUACUAUCAAAGGUUUGUGCAGCAGAAUUUGCCACCGCCGUCUGCCCAUAUCACAGAAGGCGAGAACACGACCACCGUGACAACGGAGGCCGGGUUGGCCCCUUCCAAUGAUGAAGGCUUGUGCUGCACAGAUGGCGAGGCGAGGUCGACGGUGUUUCGUGCUGGGGCUGCUGUGGACGCCGACGCGGUGCCGUCGUUGUGCUGGGAGCGGCAGCGACGCAGGGACACGUUGGGCAGUCACGCAAAGAAAACACAGACCUACGGGACGCCAGAGUCGCUCUGCACAGACACCGGUCGGCCUACGUCUCCCGGUGCUAUUCUUCCUAGUGGAAUGACGACACCGCAGUGGUCAACUUGGAUUCCUCUCUCUCUUCUUUUCCACCUGCCAUUUUUCCCUGUCCCGUACCCGAGGUCGAAGGAGCAUAACAUGUGGAGAGACACCGGUGUGAUGGAUGAGGCAGAAGACGAGCUGGACGACGGCGCGGGUGGCCAGGGUAAAAUAAAGAAGUUCGGUACCACAACGGUCGACGGUGGGCAGAACACCUUUACGUAUGUGGAGGCAGAGCAGAAACGGGAGGAAGCCUUGAUGUCCCGUUUUGAUGGUAUACUUCAGCAAGGAUGGACGUCGUCGCCGUCGACGACGCCUGUACCGGCUGCGGCUCUGGCGACGGCGGACACACGCAAAGGCGACACGGCUGCCACGUCACUUCCCCAGAGACGAAGCUGGCAGCAUCCGUUUUAUGAUGAAUUGUUUGUUGUACGAAAACCGCUCUUGCAACGCAGCUCAUUCGAGGAUGUCAAUUCGAGAGAAGGGCGUACAUCCAUCAAUGAACACGCAACGGCCGCACUGGAUUGGGCUCCUCAACUGCGUGCCCUUUGCCCGCUAGAGGCGCCGUGGCACAUCGUACCGCUUCUCUCGACAGUGGCAGGUCCGAACACGUCACACACGGUGUCCCCGCACCAAAGUAGCACAGUUGCCGCUAAGGGAAGCGACAGAUGUAUGCCAUCUGCAACGUCACCAACAGCGGCAACAUCCACAUCGUCGUCGUCCGUGUCGCUGUCAUGGCCAAACCCGCAGGCAGAGCUGCAACUCGCCUCCAGUUAUCUGCCCUUUUUGAGUGGUUUUUGGGCACGCAAGUCUCGACUACUGCAGAACCUACCAGAAGCGUCCUUCUUUCCCUUUUCUGUCUAUCCUUUGUUCGCUUCUCAGAACAACUCGACAGGGAAAACGGUACGCAGGUCGAAGUUUGGUCCGCUGAGCACCAAGUGGGCGGCACACAUGUCGCCGUUCGCAAUACGAGGCAGCCGCGACAGCAAGACGCGCAGCGGCAACGUUGCCCCGCAGCUCGAAGCUUCCGCGUUUUCGAACCCGCCACCCUUCGCUCACGACGGUGCUUUUCGAACACCACAACGCACGGACUCUCUCUCCUCUCCCUUUUCGGUGUUGCAGCCCAACUGGAAGGCGCACGCGGUGCUUUACUUUGGCAGGCAGUACAUUCCGGUCGCCUGCACAACGCUCGCCUGUUUAUUCGAUUCUGCCGUGUGCGCUCAACACGCCAUCCCGUUAAACGUGUUUGGCAGUCCGUUUACGUUUCUGUUUAACAUUACGCGACAUCGCCAACAGCGACACGCACCUCCCUGCAUGGCGAACGAGCAGAUGCGGAGCCGACGCGACAACGUGACGAAGGGGGUGGCAGGCGCCGCCGCCGACUCAAACGUGGCUCCCCACACCCGCGAUAACGCGAAGAAAGCGGCUGCGAUCACACGCGAACUUUCACUUGCGCAAGACGCGACGAGGCCGCCACAGCCGUCGCGUUCACCGUGGCUGGAGCGGCUGCAGCGCAUUCAGCUGGAUCAGCAGCGCACCUCCCACGCCGUAAGUACAUCCUUCAACGAGCGCGUUGUCGAAAUGCGGUCCGCACAGCACCACAAUUACUUUCUCUUCCGCUCUCCCUAUUGGCUGGAGGUGGAGACCCUGUACGAGCGGUGGGGGGUGCACAUGGUCCCUGGGGAGCUGCCGCUGCGCGCCGGGAGCGACUUGUACGUCAACGCAGAGCAGACAACGGACGCGUCGCGCUUCACGCCGGCCACCUGCGUCCCGCAUCUUCAACAAGAGAUUCUGUUUUGCGACUGCCUGGCGCGGUGUUUGUGGGAGGUCUCGCAGCAACUGCUGAGUGUCAUUGCCCCUGAAGUUCGGCCACGGCGGCGCGGCAGCAAGGCCAUCUGUGCGUGGACCUAUCAGGCACUGAAGGAGCGUGCAGCGGCGGCGCAGCGAGUGUCGAACUUGUGGAUCGCGGACGAGGUGAUCAAAAAGAUGGGCUGGACACUGUGUCCCGUCGCCCUCCGUACUGCGGCAACGGUGGGAGAGAGGUUGGGUGGCCCCCAAAGCCAGUCGGCGACGAAAACAAUCCUGCACGUUGAGCUGCCAUUGGAGAGUCUCCAUCAACAUGGACUGCGUAUGCGACUGGAAGGCGCAGCGAGACCUGAAGCUAGUGAAGAGCGACCGGUGCAGCCCUCUGUCUCACCGUUCGGGAACACUGCGCCGCACCUUUUCGCACCUCCGCCUGCACCGGCGCCAGUGGCAACUCAGCAGCAUCUCUCUCGGCUACCCCAGCGGAGGUUCGUCACCGUCUUUCACUCCAGCUGCGUUGUGGAGCAGGAGCAAAUCAGUUUUGUGGCGACGCACCAUCCGCAGGUGCUGUUGCUGCGUGUGCCUCACGUUACAGCAGCAGAACUGCGCGGUCAGCAGAGGAGUUCUGUUUUGGCGAUGAAACCGUGGUUGCUGACACACCUCCAAAAAGCAGCAGAGAGUGCGCUCAAGAACUCAAGCGCCAACAGCGAACAAUCAGGUUGGGACACCCACAGCGCAGCAACCGUGACCUCUGCAUCGUCGGACAGCACCGGCUUCGAGACGGGAAGCCGGCAUCUCGACGAGGUGUCGCUGUCAGAGUUGUCGGACGACGCAGAGGCGCAGCAAUACCUCGUUAUGGCAAAGGCAAAACUCUCACGUUACGCGGCACCUUGGCGAAACACGAAGCUGACGUUUGCCUCCCGUCUUGAUCUGGCGAGGCUCGCUCUGCAGAAGGGCUAUCGGCCAGAGAACGCGCAUCGGUGGGUGUCGCUGGAUUUUUUACGCAGCGAGCGUCGAGUGCGGCCAGUGCAACGCCCCGCACAAACCCCCGAAGCAGCGUCGUCGCUGUUGUCUCCCGCCUCUCCGACUCCACUCGAAGGGGCGUCGGUGAGCAGCGUGGUAGACGCCCAUGAAGGACUCACGGCCAUUGACGUCGAGGUGCACACCGCACUUCAGCGGGACGAGUACAACGCCGUGGCCGACAAUCGUGCGGUGAUGCCGUUUGUGGAAUCCGAGCCGGGACGUUGCGCUAAAGGCAGCUUUUUCUCGCGCAAUUUUGUAACCAUUAAGAUGACUCUCGUGAACCGCGAGGAGCUGGAGUGGUCCAGUGAGAUUUCACCAAUGGAUCGCUUCAUGUGGCUGUUCAAAAGCCUGUGA